CUGAUAACCACAGUAAUCUAGCCACUUUCCGUCGGUUCGUACGCGGCCAGUCCGCUUGGAGUUGGUUAGUCGUUCACCCUCUGCUCAUCCCACAACCUCUGCUCCGUUCAGGCGACACCACUGUAGCCACACAGCAGCGGAGAGGGAGUCAAGCAGCAACACACCUACACCCACGAGAGGCGUUAGUGGCGGAAGGUUGAGCCGCGUCCAAGCAUCAUGGCGGGGGUGGCGACGGCAGUGGCCAAAGGUGUGGGUACCCUCUUCUACGCGGUGAGCCCUAACGAGACCACUUUCCAGCAUGUGAAGGACGUGCCCAACUACACGAACGAGGCGGUACCCUUCUUCGUGGUCUUCAUCCUGCUGGAGUGGCUCGUGACGUAUUUCAAGGGCGAGAAGAAAAUAAGACCCAACGACAUGUACACCUCAAUACUUCACGGGGUUGUGUACGACGUGAUUGGCAUGGUGGUCGUGGGUUUCAACCUGUUUGGCUACGAGUGGUUGUACGAGAGGCGCAUCCUUGACCUCGACUGGUCCUCUCCCGUCACGUGGUGGGUCGCCGCCCUCGGGGUCGACAUGGGCUACUAUUGGUUCCACAGAGCCACCCACGAGGUGAACCUGGCAUGGGCGAGUCAUCAGGUGCAUCACUCCUCGGAAGAAUACAACCUGAGCACGGCGCUGCGGCAGUCCAUGUGGCAGCGGUACUUCUCCUUCGGGUUCUACCAACCCCUGGCCCUCCUCGGGGUGCCGAUGCCCGCCCUCCUAGUCCACCUCCAGUUUAACUUAGUCUUCCAGUUCUGGAUUCACACACAAGUGGUCGACAACUGCGGCCCGCUGGAGUGGAUUCUCAACACUCCGUCACACCAUCGCGUCCAUCACGGCGCGAACAAGUGGUGCCUCGACAAAAACUACGCUGGGGUCCUCAUCAUCUGGGACCGCUUGUUUGGCACCUUCGAGGCUGAGCGGCGCGACGAGAAGAUUGCAUAUGGCUUGGUGGAUCAGCCGCAGUCCCACAAUGUGAUGUGGCUUCAGGUGUUCUACAUGAGGGAGGUGUUCCGUAAGGCACGGAGCAUGACCACCUGGGGGGACACCUUCAGGGCGCUCUUCUACGGCCCCGGCUGGUUCCCUGGGACGCCGCGCCUCGGAGACCCGGACACCUUCCCCGACGUGAAGGCCCCCAGGGUAAAGUACAACCCUGAGCUCCCCCGCUGGCAGGAGGUGUACGUGCUGGUCCACUUCGUCAUCAUCCUCCUCAUUCACCAAAAGUGGAUCACCAAGCUGGCCAGCUUCUCGUGGAUGUCCGCUCUCGUAUUCAUGGCGUUCAUGUUCGUGUCGGCGGGCAUCAUCGGUGCCAUGUACGACGGGUGGUGGUGGGCGCCCCUGGUGGAGGCCGCCCGCUGCAUCGCUUACGUCGCCUACGCCCGCAGCGCCCCAGUCUUCGGUAUUCAGUUUCUGGACUCAGCCAUCCUCGUCUACUUCGCAGCGUCCGCCUUGAUCUGGACCUCGCAGAGCCUCGCGGUGGUGAAGGCGUCAGUCAAGGCGGCCAAGCUGGAAUAGUCUGGUGUGGGUGUCACUCUCCGCUGCUGUCACUCCUCCGCCCGCCAGGCAUCCUAAGACCAGUACGAGUCAGUGAUGGAACCUGAUUGAGAAAUGAACGAGUGACCUGUUUUAUUUAUGGUUAUUGUUUUCUUUGUCUUCUUCAUUUUGUUCUUGUUGUUCUUAUUGUACUUGUUCUUCCUAUUCUUGUUCUUCUUGUUCUUGUUCUUCCUAUUCUUGUUCUUGCUCUUGUUCUUCUUGUUCUUGUUCUUCAUAUUCUUGUUCUUCUCGUUCUUGUUCUUGUUCUUCCUAUUCUUGUUCUUGCUCUUGUUUUUCUUGUUCUUGUUCUUCAUAUUCUUGUUCUUCUCGUUCUUGUUCUUGUUCUUCCUAUUCUUGUUCUUGCUCUUGUUCUUCUUGUUCUUGUUCUUCUUGUUCUUCUCCACUUCCUCCUCUUCCUCCUCCUCCUCCUUUAAAGCCUUCUAAAUGACGCAAUAACAAUGAAGGCGGCGGACGCAAUAACAAUGUGGCGGCGGCUGCUGCUGUGGCCACGCAGAGUACAGGACCAGUCAGUGAAUUACUCCUGCUUAUGUUCCUUGUUAUCGUCCCUACACAACGAUAGUCCACGGAGAGGAGCAAGAACGGGAAUAAGAUAAGGCUUUAUACUUCCCCUGUUUAACUUGUAUUGUCAGUGGGCACAUGUGAGUGGUUGCCUUCCUUCCUCUAUCUGUGUGGGAAAAUCUGUAUAUUUGUUGAUAAGUAAUUAUUUUAUUCACGUUA